AUGAAAGCAUCCGUUGAACAAAUUUGCAAUUAUGAAACCAAUCAAUUCUGUACAAAAUUAUUUGUCAAUAAACUCGCUUUUAAUAGUAAUUUAACUCGGCAAGAAAAGGCUCUACCGCCCAUACACACCUUACCAGUGGAGGAUGUAUUGAAAAAUCAGGUUUUGGCUUUAAACAAUAAUUCAUUACCUAUCUCUGAAAACUCGAACGAUGCUGAAGUGGAAAAUGCGUUUUUUGUCGCCGAUCUUGGUGAAAUAUUGCGUCAGCAUAUACGUUGGAAAGCAACAUUGCCUCGUGUUGAACCUUUUUAUGCGGUUAAAUGUAAUCCAGAUCCUAUGGUCCUUCGGCUUUUGGCAGCGCUGGGCACAGGUUUUGAUUGUGCUAGUAAAUCAGAAAUUCAGUCAAUUCUAGAUCUCGGCGUAGAUCCUUCAAGAAUUAUUUAUGCGAAUCCCUGCAAACAAGCAUCCUUUAUUCGUUAUGCGGCUGAUAAAAAUGUCAAGAUGAUGACAUUCGACAAUGCAGAAGAAUUGCAUAAAAUUAAACGCUAUUUUCCGCAAGCACAACUUGUUCUUCGUAUUCUCGCCGAUGACUCGAAAUCUUUGUGUCAAUUGGGGCUCAAAUUUGGAGCUUCGUUGGAUUCUACUGCUGGUCUUUUGAGAACUGCUCAGGAAUUAGGAUUGAAUAUGAUUGGUGUUAGCUUCCAUGUUGGCAGCGGUUGCUUUGAUGAAAAUGCUUUUGCUGAUGCUGUCUAUCGUGCAAAAUGCGUAUUUGAUCAAGCUUCCGAACUUGGCUUUAAUUUGCAGUUGUUGGACGUUGGUGGCGGAUUUUCGCACGAACGCUUCGGUGAUGGAAUCACUUUUGAAAAGAUUGCGGCUGUUCUUGGUCCUGCUAUUGACAAAUAUUUCCCGCCGAAUAUUCGAGUUAUUGCUGAACCUGGUCGUUAUUACGCAGCUCCCGCCUUUACUAUUGCCACUCAUAUUAUUGCACGCAGAACCGUCCAACGUGACCGUGAUGAAACGCAAUUUGUAGAUAUGGAAGGAGUCCUGGAUCAAAUACAUUCGGAAGAAGAUCAACAUUCAUAUAUGUAUUACAUCAAUGAUGGGAUGUAUGGAGCAUUUAAUUGUAUUUUAUUUGAUCAUCAAAUUGUUCAUCCAAAAGUUUUGAUGAAAGGUGGCGUGUUCCAUUUUGGCAUCGACUUGGAUGAGCCCAAGUAUAAAUGCAGCAUUUGGGGACCUACUUGUGAUUCUAUCGACUGUGUUACUAAAAAUGGAACUCUCCCUGAACUUUCGCCCGGCGAUUGGCUUUAUUUCCAAGAAAUGGGUGCAUACACUAUAUGCGCUGCUUCUCAAUUCAACGGGUUCCGGAAGAGCAAUGUAAUUUAUACCACUACAGAACCAUCUGUUCUUAGGACUCUUCAAUGA